UCCCGCACCCUCUGUUCUGCAUCUUCCUCUAUUCUGUACCCAUAUAAUGCUUCAAGAGCGCCGGCGGCAAUGGCAACGUCGCUGCCCCUCCCGUGCUUUGCUCUUCCGAAGCUCUCCGUGUCCUCCGGCGCAGGCGCCGGAAGCCACAAUCUGUUAUUCUUCCGCCAAACGAUCCGUUUUCCAAGGCCUUGUAACCGGAAACAUGCGACGAGGAGGCGAGCUCUGAGAGAAUGGCAAGAAGAAUACGAGGAGGCGGUCAAGGACAAAGACCUCGCUCGAGCUCUCCGAUUCCUGAACUCUUCGAUUACGGAGUCCGCUUCAGGUGAAUUGGGAAAGUGGGAGAGGGAUUGGGAGGUUCUGGAUACUUGCUUGAAUGCCGACGACAUGGCCCUCGUCUCCGCUGCCUAUUCCUUUCUCAAGCAAAGGGGCUUCUUGCCCAAUUUUGGCAAGUUCACGAAUAUUGUUUUGGAGGGCCCAAGAGAUGUUACACCAAGCAUUUUGAAGUCUUCAACUGGAUUGGAAGUGUCUAAACUUUCACCAAAGAAGUGGGGUCUUUCUGGAAGCUCUAGCGUCAUUAUGGUUGCUUUACUUGGUGUAUUAUCAUAUCUGCUAAAUCAAGGAAUAGAUGUCAGGCCUAAUAUAGCAGCCAUAUUGGGUUUAGCCAUGAUGGACUCUAUAUUCCUUGGAGGUUCUUGUUUAGCUCAAAUCUCUAGUUACUGGCCUCCACAUAGGCUUCGUAUUCUUGUUCAUGAAGCAGGGCAUCUCCUUAUAGCAUACCUUAUGGGUUGUCCAAUUCGCGGAGUAAUUUUGGAUCCAAUCGUUGCAAUGCAAAUGGGCAUUCAGGGGCAGGCAGGGACACAAUUUUGGGAUGAGAAACUUCAAAAUGAGCUUGCUGAAGGCCGACUAAGUGGUACUGCCUUUGACAGGUACUGCAUGGUGCUUUUCGCUGGGAUUGCUGCUGAGGCUCUUGUCUAUGGGGAAGCUGAGGGUGGAGAAAAUGAUGAAAAUUUGUUCAGGAGUAUAUGUGUUAUUUUGGAACCCCCACUGUCCGUUGCACAGAUGUCAAAUCAAGCGAGGUGGUCAGUUCUGCAGUCUUAUAAUCUACUCAAAUGGCAUAGACAUGCCCAUCGAGCUGCUGUGAAAGCUCUGGAGGGUGGCAGCAGUCUAGGUGUUGUCAUCAGGAGAAUUGAGGAAGCAAUGUCUUCAACUGGAUGAAACAUGAAAUGCAAUGUAUAGCUGCAACUGGUAAAACCAAGGUAGAAGGCUACGAAGAGGAUGCAAAGAAGUCUGAAGAAUGUACAUACAUAUAUUGAUAUAUAUCGAAGUCAGAACGGUAUUCUUUUGGAGGGUGAGACUGAUGGAGGCCAUUGUCUUUAAUGGAAUGGCUGGUAGCUUGGUGGCGAUUAGGGCAAGUUUGGCACGUGGAACCGGAAAUCCAUCCAUGUUGAAGAAGAAGAAGAGCAGCUUCUUCCUUUUUGGAAUCUGGUAGCCAUGAUCAGCUGCUAAACUGUCACUGCUUGUCCUGGCAUGGUGAUGGAAAUCCAAAAGUAAUAGAAACUGGGUAGAUUGUAUCUAUUUGCAAUUGGCAGGGGUAUUGGAACAAUGUAGUCAUCAUGUGGAGCAUUUUGUACAAUGAAAAUGGUUUCUGAUUCACACCAAGAAGGCCAUGCGUUCAUUCAUGUUGUUGCCAUACUCCUUGAGGAUGAUAAUAUUUUUCAAAAU